AUGAUCUAUUAUAUUAACUUGGCAGGGCGAACUCUGUUGGAAAAGCUGUUCAGCCAGCAGGAGAAUGCACCACAGGAAGAAGCAGAGAAGCUAUGUUCUCGGAUUAUUGCAAUGGGUCUACUGCUUCCCUUCAGCGACUGUUUCAGAGAGCCAUGUAAUCAGAAUGCACAGCAAAGCACACCUACAUUUGAUCAAGAUCAGCUGUAUACUUGGGCUGCAGUUAGCCAACCCACACAUUCAUCAGAUUACAUAGAAGGGAGAUUUCCAAGGAGAGUACCGUCUGUGUGGCCACCGCCCAAACCUCCAGAUGAAGAGCAGAGAGUCAAAUAUACUGAAGCAGAAUCUGAAGCUGCUAUCUUAGAAACACAGAAGCAAGGCACAGAGGAUAUUCAUCAGGUACAGGAUGAUUUUGAGCUGAAAUCUGAGGAGCGUGCUAAUGUCAUUCAAGAGCUCGAGCAAACCAUUGAGGAUCUGAGGACCAAAAUUGCAGAACUGGAGAAACAGUUUCCAGCAACAGAGGCACAGACUCUUUGGAGAGACCAGGGAAGUGAACCUGGACACCUAGUUUCUAGAAGGCUCACUGGUGUUGCUGUUCAAACAAGCGAACUGAAUGCCCUCUCCAAAACUGGUUUACAAGUAAAAUCAGUACAGACUUCACCAACAGAAAUACACGCAAUGCCUUCAGCCAAUGCACUGCCACUGCCACCUCAUCAUAUGGAAGGGGUUCGCAGCGAAGGGCCAACUCAGCACUUGCCAACUCUUGAACUACAGCCCACUUUUUGUUCUGAAUUAUCUUUAAUGCUGUCACCGAAAAUGAUCUCGGUACCACUGGAUGCAAGCCAAUCAAUGCAAAAUAUGUCACAACCACCUCUUCCAGGACCUGCAGCUGAUUUGUUCUCUUUUUCACUUGAAGGAGAGAGUGAAUUGCCACCACACUUCCAAAAUACUGAGAGUGUGACUUGCAGUGAGUGCCCCCCUUUCAUAUCCUCGGAGCCCACCCAUAGCAUUCGACAUUCACUGCCUGACACACAACUGUCUACUCCCCUGCCUGGAGCAGGAGGUCCUUCUUUCACAUCACUCCUGCCUGGGGCAGGUAUCCCACCCCCACCACCUCUGCCUGGCUCAGGACUCCUCCCUCCUUUGGUUUGGACAGCAUUGGACCCUUCUCUUCCUGGUAUUGUGAUGCCUCCCCCAGCUCUCCCUCCACCUUUGCCCAGUGGAGAGAUGCUGCAGCUGCCCCCACCCCCACCUCUCCCAUCUGCAGGCAUCCCACCAGCACCGCCUUUGCCUGGAACAGGAAUGCUACCCCCUGCCCCUCCUCUGCCAUGUACAGGAAUCCUUCCCCCGACUUCUUUGCAGGAAACAGGAAUGGCACCUCCGCCUCCCCCUCCCCCCCCUCUCCCUGGAAUGGGAAUGAGACCCCCACCCCAACCUUUGCCUGGUGCAGGCAUCCCUCCUCCUCCUCCUUUACCUGGCAUGGGAAUGCCACCUCCUCCCCCACCUCUGCCUGGUGCCAACAUCCCACCAGCCCCGCCUCUGCCCAGCAUGGGAAUGCCUCCCCCGCCCCCACCUUUGCCUGGUGCAGGAGUUCCCCCUCCUCCCCCUCCUUUGCCUAGCAUGGGGAUGCCACCACCAGCUCCGCCACCUCCACCUGGGGCCUUUCCUCCUCUGCCACCCCCAGCCCAGAGCAGUAUCUUGCCAUCUGUUCCACAAGUCUGUGGGUUUCUUCCUCCUCCAUUACCAGCCGGUUUAUUUGUAAUGGGGAUGAACCAGGAUAAAGGGAGCAGAAAGCAUGCAAUAGAACCAUCUCGACCAAUGAAGCCCCUUUACUGGACAAGAAUUCAGCUCCAUAGUAAAAGAGAUUCUAAUGCUUCACUUGUGUGGGAAAAAAUUGAAGAGCCUUCCAUAGAUUAUCAUGAGUUUGAAGAACUGUUUUCUAAAACAGCUGUUAAAGAGAGGAAGAAGCCUAUUUCAGACACCAUAACUAAGACGAAGACUAAACAAGUUGUCAAGUUGUUAAGUAACAAAAGAUCACAGGCAGUUGGAAUAUUAAUGUCCAGUCUUCAUUUAGAUAUGAAAGACAUACAACAUGCUGUUGUGAAUUUGGACAACUCUGUGGUUGACCUGGAGACCCUUCAAGCCCUCUAUGAAAAUAGAGCACAAUCAGAUGAAUUGGAAAAAAUAGAAAAGCAUAGCAAGUCAUCCAAGGACAAGGAGCAGACCAAGUCUUUGGACAAACCUGAACAGUUUCUUUAUGAACUUUCAUUAAUCCCAAACUUUUCAGAACGAGUCUUUUGUAUCCUAUUCCAAUCAACAUUUUCUGAAAGCAUUUGCUCUAUCCAUCGCAAACUUGAAUUGCUACAGAAACUGUGUGAGACGUUGAAAAAUGGGGCAGGAGUUAUGCAGGUUCUGGGUUUGGUUCUUGCCUUUGGAAACUACAUGAAUGGUGGAAACAGGACACGAGGGCAGGCAGAUGGGUUUGGACUGGACAUUCUUCCAAAGCUGAAAGAUGUCAAGAGCAGUGAUAACAGCAGAAGUCUUCUAUCGUAUAUUGUCUCAUAUUACUUGCGGAAUUUUGAUGAGGACGCUGGAAAAGAGCAAUGCAUCUUUCCUCUUCCAGAGCCACAAGACCUCUUUCAAGCUUCACAAAUGAAGUUUGAAGACUUUCAAAAGGAUCUUCGCAAACUAAAAAAAGAUCUGCGAGUAUGUGAGACAGAAGCAGCAAAAGUUUAUCAGCUCUCACUAGAAGAGCACCUCCAGCCUUUCAAAGACAACAUGGAGCAAUUCAUUAGUCAAGCUAAAAUUGACCAAGAUGAUGAAGAGAAGUCACUGGCAGAAGCACAUAAAAGCUUUUUGGAAACUGCGGCUUAUUUCUGCAUGAAACCAAAAAUGGGAGAGAAAGAGGUGUCCCCACAUUCUUUCUUCAGUAUUUGGCAUGAAUUCAGUUCGGACUUUAAAGAUUUCUGGAAAAAAGAAAACAAACUUAUUCUGCAAGAAAGAGUUAAAGCAGCAGAGGAAGUAUGCAGGCAGAAAAAAGGGAAAUCACUUUACAAUAUAAAGCCAAAACAUGACUCUGGAAUUAAAGCAAAGAUAAGUAUGAAAAUAUGAGAGAAGAAAAACAAAAAACUAUUGCCACCUGUUUAAUAUAAUUCAGUAUGUCAGGGGGAUGGGCGAAGGAAACUACAUCAUUCAGAUCAUUUGUUUUCUUGAUCUUUUGAAUUUGCUUUUUAUUCUCUCUCUUUUUUUUUUUUUAACUAAUUGAUGUUACUGUACAUUCAUGAAUGAAUGUAAUCACUGUAAUGGAGUGCCCAGCAAUAGACUAGUUAUGGACUUGAGACAUCUUCCCUUUACCCUGUAUCUCCUUUCUCACUCAUACCAUGAAUCAUACAAAAUAUCUUUUUUUUUCUUUUUGUUUUUAACACCAGUAGACCAAAACAGCAUGCAUAAGACGCAGUAUCUGCAUCAGUUCAGAACAUGCUGA